ACGGAACCCUAAAACCAGAUUAAUGAGAAUGAUAAAAAUCUGCACCUAUUAUGUGAUCAGUAGUUUUCUGUUUACAGUCAGAAAAACUUAAUAUUAGAUAUUUUAUGUAAUUUUUUUUUUUUACGAGAAUAUGACGAAUUUCUUUAUUUAUUUAAGUUUCAUUAAUAUUUUUUCUUUUGGCUGUUAUUAUUGUGUCCAAGUGAAGCACGAACGUGCGUUAAUCCAAUAUUACAACAAGAAGUACGUAAGCCACGCUCAAGCCUUCACCGGCCGGGCCAAACGCCGGGAGCCAUAUAGAACUAAUAUUACAAUCACUACGUUGCACACAUGGCAAAACAAUGUCACGAUAAAAUUGAUAUACAAGGACAAACAGUCGGCUAGUGAUUUUUAUAUAUCGGUAAAAUUAUGUGAUGCAGCGAAGUUCGCUUGGAUAAUUGACUAUGUAAGCACUUAUGCGGACUUCAAAGUAGCCUGUCCCUUCCCUCCGUCACAAUAACGAACAUUAUGAACGUCUUCAGAGUUGAACUGAUGGUGAAGUCAAGGUCAAAGAUAAAGAACUUCAACUGUUAAUGCGUAUUUGUAUUUUGUAUGAGGUCCACUGCUCUCUCAGCCAUUGCAAUGA